AUGCUGAAUACCGAAAAAGAAAUAAAAAGCACACAGCCUGAAGCGGCUCCGGUUGCUCCAUCGGCUCCAGCUGUUCCAGCUGGCCAAGCUGAAGCUAGUGAGACCGAUAAGUCCUCUAAAGCUAAUGUGAACGACGACGAUCUUGAUGAUCUUGAUGAUCUCUUGGAUGAUUUUGCAGAUGAUGUCUUGAACAAACCUCCUGGAUCUGGUAUUGAAGGUGGAACUGUAGUUGACGAGAAGGAAGCUACCUUGGAUCCUACCAACCCGAUCAAUAAUGAAAUUUCUCAGGCUAACAUCGAAGACCUCUUGAAGGAUCUCAAGAUUGAGGACCCAGAGACCAAGAAACAGUUCGAAGAACUUGUAAAGCAGUUCGAUGACACACAAAAGAAAGAGGCACAGGGUGGCCCACAGAACUUCGACGAUGUCAUGAAAGACACCAUGGACAGAUUGAAGAAAUCUGGAAAGAACAUCGACGAGCAAAUCAAAAACGACCAAAGCGCUUCCAACCCAGAAGACGUUUUGACUCAACUUCUUGCUGGUAUGGGAGGAGCCGGUGGUGAAGGUGGAGACCUCGAUAUGUCCAAAUUGUUGGUGGAUAUGCUCGAGCAAUUAUCUUCCAAAGAAGUCUUGUACGAGCCAAUCAAAGAUCUCAACACCAAAUUCCCUGAGUACCUUGAGGAGAACAAGGGCAAAAUCUCACAACAAGAUUACGAUAACUACACAAAACAAUACGAUAUCACAGUGGAAAUCAUCGCUAUAUUCGAGGCUCCUGGAUACACGGACGAAGACAAAGCUAAGAGGGACCAGGUGAAUACCUUAUUGGAAUCUUUGCAAGACUUGGGCCAGCCUCCAAAGGAAUUGGUUGGUGAAGCUGGAGAGAUCCCUGGGUUCGGAGCAGGCGCUGGUCCUGGAGGUGCUGGAGGUUUAGGCGGUUUGGGCGGCUUGAACUUCAACGAUAAGGACUUACCCCAGGAUUUUGAGAAGCAAUUAGAGGAAGGAUGUAAUCAAACUUAA